AUGGCGAACAAGACGGACACGAGUACGCGACUCCGACGCCCCACGUUGGCCCUACGGGCAAGCCCUCCAGCUAGGAGACCAAGGAGGGCGGGGGGUUCACGCCCUAAAAGUCACCAGCAGGAAGAGUCAUCAGCGACGCUGGACAGGGACGGUUUUUUCAAUAGGCCGGAAGCCGUUGAUGUUGUUGGAGCUAUACAGCAGAUGAUUAAGGGUGAGCAUCGGCCAAUAAGCCAAUUCAUACACAAUCUCUGCGCCCUGGUUCAACUUUUUCUCAAAAAGGACCCAGCUCUUGGACGGGAAGUGGAGAAACAGCACAAGCGCCUCGUACAAAUGAUUUUGGAUGGGCCUCCGAAGCAAGUCAUGCCACAGGAUGAUUUACCACCUUCUUUCUUAAAGGCUGACGAUGAUGUUACAUCGGACGUCGGGGAAGUUCCAUAUAGCGGGGAGAGCCCUGGACCGGACCGACGGGUGGAUUCUGAUACUCAGCUGCACGGUUUACAAGAUGACCUUCCGGCGUUUCCCGUAACGACUGGUAAAUCUCAAACGACGGAGGAGAUAGAUACUAGCCAGGAUCAAAGCCAACAUGCACCCAGCCUGUUUUAUUCGGACCAAACCCCACCAACUGUAAACUCGGCGCAAAUACCGACUAGCGUGCCUGGUGGGUUGGUGCAACCCGCACCACGACCUCCUGCUCAGAUGUCGACAACCGGCGGCUUUUACCAUGGACAGCAUCCGGGAGGCCGGCAGCCUCUUACACCAAAUGGUGCCCAGCUGCCGCAGGUGAGCUCCUCAAACCUUGGUCAGAUGCCAGUCCCAUCAUCUGCAGGGUAUCCAACUUCUGUGCAGUCUGGCGUUGGAAUUCCAGGCUCUCACCAGUGGCCUGGCGGCCAGACCCAUCCACCAGUCCAGCUGGCGCAGGCUUCGAUGGGCCCCACAGCGGCCCAGAUCCCUCAGCAGUGGGGCUCCAAUCUAGGUCCAAUCCCACAACCGCCUCCGAACCCUCAGUUCCAUCAACCGACCAACAACAUUGCCUCUGCACCUGGUACAUAUCAGUACAAUCUCAACCAAGGGUUGAACGGCCAACCAGCUCCGAACCCUCAACCCUAUCAACAGACCAACAACGUGGCCUCUACACCAGCUGCAUAUCCUCAGUACCACUCAGGUCCAAAUUUCCAGCCAGGCUUGAACCCUCAACAGGCCAGCAACAUGCCCUCGGCACCGGGGACAUAUUUAUACAACCAAGGUUCAAAUGGUCAGCCGGGACAGUUCCAUAUGCCUACUCUACUGCAACCAGGUGCGUCUGCUGCUGAAUCAUUACCUCAUGCACAAGACGCCAGUUUUGUGGGCGACCCUUACGCCGGCAUGUAUCCUUCGGGAUCUUUGAUAUAA